AGAGAGAGAGAGAGAGAGAGAGAGAGAGAGAGAGAGGAGGUGGGGGGAGGAUCCUCCGUCCGCAGCAGCACCGAGCAUCCCCGACGCCCCUACCCGGAGCGAGAGGCGCAGCAGGCGGAGGCGAGGCGCUGCAGGAAGCCGCUGCUCCCUCCUUGCACCGCCGGACUUCGAGCCAAACAGGACUGGAUCUUCUCGGAGCCCGGAGGAGGCAGAGAGGAAGGGGAGGGGAGGAUCGCAGGACUGGAUCCGAGCGGCGCAUCAUCAUCUCCGGCGUAGAUCUGGCUGUCGAGGCGCAUGGAGAAGAGGACUCUUUCCACUGCUGGCCUUAGUAUUUGAGAAGUGCGAGCUGGCCACCUGCUCCCCUCGAGACCCCUCCUCCUCCCUGUCCGCCUCCUCCCACCUCCCCGGCAUGGCCAGCCACAGCGACGUCUGCUCCUCGGAGUCCUUCAACGACGACAUCGCCGCCUUCGCCAAGCAGAUUCGCUCGGAGAAACCCAUUUUUUCUUCCAAUCCUGAGCUGGAUAACUUGAUGAUCCAGGCCAUCCAGGUUCUUCGUUUUCAUUUACUGGAGCUGGAGAAGGUGCACGACCUGUGUGAUAAUUUCUGCCAUCGCUACAUCACCUGCCUGAAGGGGAAAAUGCCCACAGAUCUGGUCCUGGAUGAGCGGGAGGGGGGCUCCAAGUCUGACAUGGAGGACUUUGGCGGAUCCUGCACCAGUCUGUCAGAGCCGAACGCGUCGUGGUUACGCGAGCCGGACGAAUGUGCCACCACCCCUCUGGGAACACCCGGCACCUGCGGGCUGCCUUCACACGGCACGGCCGACAACUGCAGUGACGCAGGUGACGGCCUGGAUGGAGGUGUGGCCUCCCCCAGCACGGGAGAGGAGGACGAGUGCGACAGGGACAGGAGGAACAACAAGAAGAGAGGCAUCUUCCCCAAAGUGGCCACAAACAUCAUGAGAGCGUGGCUCUUCCAGCACCUCACACACCCGUACCCGUCAGAGGAGCAGAAGAAGCAGCUGUCGCAGGACACGGGGCUGACCAUCCUGCAGGUCAACAACUGGUUCAUCAACGCCAGGAGGAGAAUAGUCCAGCCGAUGAUUGACCAGUCAAACCGCUCAGGUCAGGGGGGACCCUACAGUCCAGAGGGAGCCGCUCUCGGGGGUUACGGACUCGAUGGGCAGGCCCACCUCGGGCUUCGAACAGCAGCCGGUCUUCAGGGAAUGUCCUCUCUGCAGGGGGACUAUCCCAGCGCUCUGCUGUCCCAGCCUGGCUACCCUCCUCACCCGGGACCGUCUCUCCACUCCUACCCCGGCCCCCACCCUCACCCCGCCAUGCUGCUCCACCCGGCCCCGCACGCGCACCCCGCAGAGCCGCUCCUCGCCCAAGGACUGGACAUACACGCCCACUAGC